AUGGCCCGUCACGCCUUAACACGCUUCAACACGCUCAGACAUGCCACCACCGCCCUAUGGCUGCUGCUGCUCGCAUGUGGAGCUGGUGUGGCUGAGGAGGGGGAUGAAGACCCCCUGCCCCCGUGCGGGCUCUCGCAGGCGCGGGGCCGCGUUGUGGGGGGCAAGGGGGCGGCGCCGGGGGCCUGGCCCUGGCAGGUGAGCCUGGAGCUGGGGGGACAGCACCGCUGCGGGGGGACCCUGCUCAGCCCCCACUGGGUGCUCAGCGCCGCCCACUGCUUCCAGGGCGCCCCCGGUGCAGGCUCCCCCCGCUCUUGGCGGGCCGUGCUGGGCCGGGCACGGCUGUCGGCGGGGGGGGGGCAGGUGCUGGCCGUGGGCCGCGUGCUCCGGCACCCCCGGUACCGCCGCGUGCGGGGGGGCCACGACCUGGCCCUGCUGCGCCUGCGCUCCCCCGCGCGCCUCGGCCCCGGCGUCGGCACCCUCUGCCUGCCCCCCCCCGGCCUGCGCCUGCCCUAUGGGGCACAGUGCUGGGUGACCGGGUGGGGCCACGUGGCCGAGAACGUGUCUCUGCCGGCCGGGGCCCCGCUGCAGGAGGUGGCGCUGGCGCUGCUCAGCCCGGACACCUGCAACUGCCUCUACUCGGGGCUGCGCCGGAGGGCGCUGGCGAGCCCGGCCCGGCCCAGCAUGGUGUGUGCGGGGGGGGCCGCGGGCAAGGGCGCCUGCCAGGCGGACUCGGGGGGCCCCAUCCAGUGCCGGGGGGGCUCCGGGCGCUGGUUCCAGGCGGGGGUGCUGAGCUUCGCCGUGGGCUGCGCCCGCCCGGGGCUGCCGGUGCUGGGCACGGCGCUGGGCGCCCACGCGCGGUGGCUGCGGCGCCACCUCCCCCCCAGCGCCUUCCUCCAGCCCCACGCCGCCGCCACCGAGCCCCACAGCGAGGAGGGGCUGUGCCUGGGGUGCGGGAUGUGGGGCGGCCCUGCUUUGGCGCCCCCUAGCGGCGCGGCGUGGCCCUGGUCCGUGGCGCUGCUGCGGGGGGGGCGGCCCCAGUGCUGGGGGGCGCUGAUAGCGGAGAGCUGGGUGCUGAGCGCCGCGCACUGCUUCAUCGGCCACCAAGACCCGGCCGAGUGGGAGGUGUUCCCGUUGGCGCUGGCCGCGAGCGACAACGUCACCGCUGACGUCACCGCUGGCCCCGCCCCCUCCCGCCCCAACGUCACCAGGCUCCACCUCCACGGGGCCUAUGUGGGGCCGGGACGGGGCCGGGACGCGGCGCUGCUGCGCGUGGAGCCCGCGCUGGGGCUGAGCGCGGCGCUGAGGCCCCUCUGUGCCCCCUAUGGGGACCACAGCGCCCCCCCCGGGACCCGCUGCUGGGCGCUGCUGGGGGACUACGGCUCCCCCAGCCCCAUGGAUGUGCUCAGCGUGGAGGUGUCGCUGCCGGAACCCUGUGAGACCCCGACCCCCAACGACACCGUUUGUGUCACCGUGCUCGAGGGCAACAGCACCCGGCAGGCACUUGGUGGCUCCCCAUUGGCGUGCGUGGAGCGCGGGGUCUGGUUCCUGCUGGGCACGGCCACGACCACUGCGGCGGGGGGGGGAGUUGGGGGGGGCCGGCUCCGGUUCACCAGCGCCCCCCCCCUGGAGCGCUGGAUCCUUUGGGGGGCGGACACGACCCACUUUGGGGGCAAAAAGGACCCCAAUUUCCACUACUCCCCUCCCAAAAUGGUUCAUUCCGACCCAAACACCGCGAUUUCCCCAAAUUGA